AUGACUAUUCUCGACGACAAGCAGGUCAUGGCCCGUCGCCAGGCCCAGGCAAGAGCUGAUGCGCAGGCACGCCAGCAGAGUGCGGACUCGCUGGGGGGUCCGCCCAGCACAUCGGAAGAGUCGCUCAUCACCGACGGCUUCGUGAUUCCCAGCCUCGACGUCCCCAGUGAAGCCCCGCCAGCAUACGGCGACCAAGUCGACAAGGUGACCUUUUCGCAGCCCGGCUUCCAGGCCGGUGCCGCCGUGGCCGGCGACGGCCGUGUCAACAUCAACAUCAGCACCAAGAGCCGCCGUCUCGCGGAGCUGCUCGCCCCCGUCGUCGACCGGCAAGUCUCCGUCGCCGAGGCCCAGGAGCCGCUGCCGCCGGCCUACAUCCCGCCGAGCCUCGGCGGCCUGCCCGGCCAGACGCCGCCCCCCGCGCUCAACAUCGUCAUCCAGAUUGUCGGCUCCCGCGGCGACGUGCAGCCCUUUGUCGCCCUCGGCAAGACACUACGCGACACCUACGGCCACCGCGUGCGCAUCGCCACCCAUGCCACCUUUCAAAAAUUCGUCGAGGACAAUGAACUCGAGUUCUUCAACAUUGGCGGCGACCCCGCCGAGCUCAUGGCGUUCAUGGUCAAGAACCCCGGCCUCAUGCCCGGUUUCGAUGCCCUUAAGAGCGGCGAGGUCAGCAAGCGCCGCCGCGGCAUUGAGGAGAUCCUCAUGGGCUGCUGGCGCUCCUGCAUCGAGGCCGGCAACGGCCUGGGCCCCCCGCCCAAGCCGCACACGCGCUACGCGCCGGUCAACUUUUCCGCGCAGGAGGUGCCGGGCAACCCCGCGGACAGGCCGUUUGUGGCGGAUGCCAUUAUUGCGAACCCGCCCAGCUUUGCCCACGUUCAUAUUGCGGAAAAGAUGGGCAUCCCUCUGCACAUGAUGUUCACCAUGCCGUGGACGCCCACGCGCGCGUUUCAGCACCCGCUCGCCAACAUUCAGUCGAGCAACCUCGACGACACCCUGACAAAUAACUUGACGUAUACGCUUGUUGAAAUCAUGACCUGGCAAGGCCUCGGAGACGUCAUCAAUCGCUUCCGUGAAAAGGCACUUGAGUUACCAGAGCUAUCGCCGCUAUGGGCUCCGGGCUUACUGACGCGGCUCCGGAUAUCAUAUACAUACUGCUGGUCACCGGCUCUCAUCCCCAAGCCUAACGACUGGGGUAAUAACAUUGACGUGUCUGGCUUUUACUUUCUCGACCUCGCUUCCUCUUAUACGCCCGACCCUGAGCUCGACGCCUUUCUCAAUGCGGGCCCGCCACCCGUCUACAUUGGCUUUGGCUCCAUUGUCGUCGACGACCCCAAUGCCAUGACACGCAUGAUCUUCGACGCCAUCCACCUCGCUGGCGUCCGCGCCCUCGUCUCCAAAGGCUGGGGCGGUCUCGGUGCCGACGACGUUGGCCUACCGGAGGGCGUGUAUAUGCUCGGCAACGUGCCUCACGACUGGCUCUUUGAGCGUGUAUCCGCCGUUGUACACCACGGCGGUGCGGGAACCACGGCGGCUGGCAUCAAAGCCGGCAAGCCGACCUUUGUCGUGCCAUUCUUUGGCGACCAGCCCUUUUGGGGGUCCAUGAUUGCGCGGGCCGAGGCGGGCCCCGAACCCAUCCCGUACAAGGAUCUGACGGCGGAGAAGCUGGCCACGGCGAUUGGAAAGUGCAUCGAACCAGGGACGAUUGAGCAGGCCGAAGUCCUGGGUCAGAGGAUUCGAGAGGAGAAGGGCACCGAUGAAGGCGGGUACAGCUUCCACAAGCAUCUCGAAGUGGACAAACUGCGCUGCUCAGUCGCGCCGAGCCAUGCCGCUGCAUGGCGUGUGCGUAGGACCAAGGUUCGACUGUGCCCGCUCGCAGUCGCUGUUCUCAUCGACCACAAUGUCAUCAAAUAUACGGAUUUAAAACUGCAACCCACGGAUCCAGUGACUGCUGGAGCGGCCGCCAUUAUGUUGUCUCUUGGGACCAUUGGCAUGGCUAUUGCUGAUAUGCCAAGGGACUUGUGGAAGUCGCACAGAAAAUACAAAAAGGAGAGUGACAGCGCCUCCAGACCAACUGAAUCAUCAAGCCAUCUCACUCCAAGUGAGCACCGCCCAUCUACCUCGCGCAACCCAAAUGCUUCACAGGCCUCUCUAACUACAGUACCGACUCCGGACACGCCACCUGGUACUGGAGCCCAGACACCAACAAGGCAGGUGGACCCCCCCGAGGUUGCAUCCCCCAAGCAAGCAAGUCUUCACGAGGAACACAUGUCGCCAGGAAUGGCCUUUGGUGUGGAAAGUGCCGUGGGCACCGCGAGGGGUGUCAACAGAAUCAUUGAGGCGGGUGUUAAGUCGCCUAUGAACUUUUGUCUCGGCUUAGCCAAAGGAUUCCGCAACAUGCCGCGCCUGUACAACGAUGACCUAGUACGGCCUGUCGAAAAAGUCACCGAUCUGUCUUCUGGCAUCAAGGUCGCCGGCAAGGAACUUGGCUACGGCUUCUUUGACGGCAUUUCAGGUCUGGUUCGGCAGCCCCUGCAUGGCGCAGAAAAGGAGGGUGCCGUCGGCCUCGUCAAAGGCUUCGGCAAGGGCAUCGGCGGCCUGAUUCUAAAACCGGCCGCCGGCAUCUUUGGUCUACCCGGCUACGCUAUGCAGGGCGUCCACGCCGAGUUUGGCAAGCACAUGAGCCGCAGCGUGUACAACUACAUCAUCUCGUCGCGCAUUAAACAGGGAGAGCAAGCCUUGAUGAAAGCAUCCCAAGGCGAAUGCGAGGACAUCCUACGUCGCUGGAACACGGUCAAAUUUGAUCUCUCCAGCUUCUACGACCUGAAGCGUAGAAUGGGCGGCACCGAAGGUCCAUUCCCGCCACCGCCGCCCCUGCCGACAGACGACAGCAGCGACACCGUCUCCAUCAUGGACAAGGGCUUCUCCAAGCCUCGGACGGGUUGGCUCCAGACGCGCCAUCUGUCAUCGGCACAGCGGAAGCGCAUGCAGGACGAGAAGCAGACGUGGAAGCGCGGUUACGUGGAGUCACUGGUGCCUGCUGCCCCAACCUUUCUUCCGGAGAAGGAGAAGGCGGUCCAGGCAACAAACAUGUCCCAGGAGGAGGAUGAGGUUGAGCGCGCGAUUCGGGCCUCUGUUCGGGAAACGUCGCAGGGUGUCCAGGAAGACGACGCGGAGAUUGAGGCUGCUAUUCGAGAGAGUCUCCGUGUCAUGCGCCAGAGCGGUGCACUUCCUGCGACAGGCUGGAUCGACGAAAAGAACGGCCGCAACAACGACCCAUCCAUCUUUGAAGACGAGGAGUUUAAAAUUACCGACGAGGAAUUCCAGGACCUGAUCCAGGGUGCCAUGCGGCAGAGCCUAGUAGAGGAGUAUGGCUACCCGGCCGGAGAGCUAGGCUUUCCUGGGCCGUCAUCUUCGUCCUUUACCGGCACCUCGCGGCCAGCACUCACCGAGGAGCCUGCGCCGAUGGAUGACUUGUAUGGCGGAGCUGAGGCACCAGGCUACCAGCGCGAGGCGCCCAUCCACGCUUCCUCCAUGUCGCAACAACACGCGGUGGAUGAGGAGGAACUUGAGCUGCAACGCGCGAUUGCGGCAUCCAAGCAGGAGCUGCAGCGCGCGGAGACGGAGCGCAACGAGGAGGACAUUGUGCUCGAGUACAUCAAGAAGCAGAGCCUGGCGGAGGAGGAGUUUCGGAAACGAAGCAAGGGCAAGGGAGUGAGCACGAACUAUGAUGACGACGACGACGACGACGAGGAUAUGAGACUAGCCAUGGAGGAGAGCUUGAAGGUGAGCCACGGUGGUCUGGGGCAAGAUUUGCCCACCGAAAGAAUGUGCCGGCAAGACUGGACCAUCACGUACUGGCUGUGCAAAUGCACCAAGACCUCAUUCUUGCAGCUGAUAGCCGACGACGGCUGUGGCUUCUGCGGGACGCCAAGCGGCGCGGAGCGUUUGGUGAACGCCACCACGGAGCGGGUGCCGUGCGAGAGGUGCGUUGCAGACGGGCGCUGGAUCAAGACGGACCAUGUCUGGAGGGCAAGGGAAGCGGCCAUUGCGUUGGGCGGCAAGUAG